AUGCGUAGCCCUGUCAUUGCGUUCUCCAUUAUUGCCGCCGCUGCGGUCAGCCCCACUCUCGUUUCUGCGGCUCCUGCCUCGCCCAAGCUCGACAACGCCAUCGCUCAGACUGAGGCCAUCACCACACAUCAGAUUCGCCAAGUCCCUGGCUUGCCAAAUGUCCCUGACAUGCCAAGUGUCGCUGACGCGUCAGGUAACCCGCUUCCCGGCCUCUUGGCCAAUACGCCCACGCAGCCCAAGCAGAACAUCGACGACCCUGUUCACCGUGCCCAAUCCAUGAGGAAGGCCCACGCGCAAGCGUUGUCCUCUGGGCAGAACAUCAAGAUUCCUUCCUCCAAGUACGGCAAGCGUGCGUCUGAUUGGGGGACGGCGGGCGGUAACGCGUACUCCGGAGCCGCGAGCAAUGCGAUCGGUGGAAACAAUGACAAUUUCGCUACCGAUGGCGGCCUGGACAAUGCUGCUGGAGGCAAGUCCACCGGUGGCGAUGGCGGCAACUCUUUCUCUGGUUUCUCCUUCGGCGGCGAUGGCGCUGGUCGUGGUCCGGGCGGCAACAGUUACACCGGUGCAACUGGGUCGACGAGCGGGGGCAACGUCAACAACAUCGCAGACAGUGAUGCAGCUGCGGUCGAUGGAGCUGGUGACACGCUCACCAACGGCGCUGCUGUGACCGGUGGCCCGGGAGGGCUAUCAGAGAGUGGUACUGCAGUUGGCGGUGACGCUAACCGGCCUGGCAGUGGUGCUAUUGUUGAUGCUGAGAACGCUCGCCGGAAGCGUGCGUCUGACUCUGGCACGGCUGGUGGUAAUGCGUACAGUGGUGCCACCUCCAACGCCUCUGGUGGUACCGUUGUAAACGACGCUGGGGACCAGGGUACCGUGGACAACACGGAUGCACAGACUGGUGGUGUUGGGGGCACGUCCUUCUCCGGUGAUGCUGACGGAGGUAAUGGCUACUACUUCGGACCUGGUGGUAAUGCCUACACGGGUGCUUCGGGUCCCGGGAACGGCGGUACUGUAUACAACAUCGGCGGUUCAGUGAACAAUGCGGCUGCCAGCGCUGGAGGGAACGCCGGCACCAGUGAGACUGGUCAGGCCACCGGCGGAAGCGCUGCUUUCUUCUAGAUGUCGAGCUGCAGAGGAU